AUGCCCGCUACCCAUGCUGUCGUUCCAGAUCCGAGAAACGCAUCCAUCCUUGUUGGUAUGCGUGAUGGUGUGACCAAAGAAUUCCGGCUGAUUCCCAAGGCUCAAGCUACCGUUUCUGUGCUUGAUUCUGCUUUUAUGCUGGGUGAUGGGAUCUGGGAAGGGAUCCGUUGCAAAAAAGGCGUCAUCCAAUUUGCAAAGGAGCAUAUCGACCGUUUGUUUGAAAGUGCUAAAGCAAUGUUCAUGAACCUAGAACUGUCUAGAGUUCAACUCCUCCAAUACUUGUACGAAACUAUUGACGCCAAUAACAUGAAUAUGUCGGAUGAUGUACAUAUAAGGCUCAUGGUGUCACGAGGCUUAAAGGAUACCCUCAUCAGAACCCACGCUCUACCAUCGGGGUCAGCACCUCUCAUCGUCAUUAUUCCCGAAUUCAAGAAAGCCGAUCCAAGUAUACAACACAGAGGAUUGAAGCUAGCAACGGUGCAUGUACGACGGGGUCCACCAGAUGUUAAGGACGAAAUGUGGAAUCAUAUGUCGAAAGCCACUGACAUCCAAGCUUGCAUUCAAGCUAAUUAUCUGGGAGUGGAUGAGGCGUUGAUGCUGGAUGAUCGCGGGUGGGUUAAGACAUGCAAUUCAACGAACUUCAUGAUCGUAAGAGAAGGGAUGGGUGAAGACGAAGGCAAGUUGGUGGUAUGGAGUCCUACGAAAAAUAAUCAGAUGCAAGGAAUUACUCGAAGGAAGACAAUUGAAGCCUGUAGAGCCGCUGGUGUACCCGUUUACGAACAAGACUUUUCCUUGACAGAGGUUUACGGGGCUGUGGAAGCUUUCUGCUGCGGCACAUUCCCGGCGCAAAUCUCAGUGAUCGAGGUGGACGGAAGAAAAGUCGGCGACGGUCAAUCCCCAGGUCCGAUGGUACAAUAUAUCAACACGUUAUAUAAUGAGCUGGUCGCUCAUGACAUUGCACGAGGCCGUGCAGCUACUCUCGAAGAUGCUCGGCUGUCUGACUUACCGUAUUCAAUCCGUUAUCAGAUGCAGUCGAUGCAAAGAAAGCCCGAAACACCGAAGUUGAAUGGGUCGACGAGUUGA